AUGCACCAGACCAUGAACGCUAGUAUGACUGGCAACAUGGUGGACCCCGUCNUUGACAAGAUCGACAAGCUCUUCGCCUGCGGUGUUGGAGACCAUAUUCCACUUCCUCAGCUGGUUGUUGUUGGCGAUCAGUCAAGAGACUCCGGUCUAUGCACCAGAUUUGCUACGCAAAUCACCUUCCGUCGUGCGCAGACUACCAGCGUAANNACCACUGUCACGAUCAUCCCUCACAAGAGUGCCACUCAGGCCUAUGCUGACAAGCUGCGUGCUUUCAAGAGUGUCAACAAUGCUGCUCUUGAGCCAGUCUCUUUCUCAAAGACCAUGAUGGAGGUUCACAAGCUCAUGGGUCUAUCGGACUCUGCUGAGGACAACGAUGGCAAGUCUACCUUCUCUGAGGACGUGCUCAAAGUCGAAGUUACUGGACCCGAGCAGGAGCACUUCUCUGUGGUCGAUGUUCCAGGCAUCUUCAGAACUGCCACCAAAGGUGUGACCACCUUAGCAGAUGCGACCAUGGUCAAUUCGAUGGUACGCCGCUACAUGGUGAACCCACGCUCUGUCAUGCUGGUUGUCAUUCCCGCCAACAUCGACAUCGCCACUCAGGAGAUUCUGACUCUUGCGGAAGAGGCGGACCCCGACGGUCAUCGCACACUUGGUGUUCUGACAAAGCCUGACCUGGUCGAUCCUGGCGCUGAAGCCAGUAUACUUCAGCUCAUCAAGGGUGAGAAGCACCCUCUCAACCUUGGUUGGUGGAUUGUGCGUAACCUUGGUCAGCAGCAGAUCCAGGAAACUGCUGCCGACAGAUCGGCUGUCGAAAAGGCUUUCUUCCGCGACAGAACACCCUGGAAUGAGCUUGACCAAGAGCGCGUCGGCGUUGAUGCAUUGCGUAGUCACCUGCAGGAAGUCCUGGCCAGCAACAUCCGCCGCGAGUUCUCCAACGUCAAGCGCGAAGUCCUCACCAAGCUGAGCACGGCCAAGCGCAGUCUCGAGAACCUUGGUGACAAGCGCCAAACCACUGAUGAACAGCGUCGUUUCAUCAUGGACAUUGCCUCCCGCUUCCGUCNNAGUUUGGCCCUCAAUGGCAACUACUCGGGCAACAGAUGGUUCGACCAGGAACCCGACCUGAUGUAUGUGACCACCGUCGUCAACCGUAACGAACGCUUCGCCAACGACAUUGAGAUGCACGGCCACUCCAACGGCGGUCAGGGUCUUGCACUGCGCCACACCAAGGACAUUGAUCAUCUUGAAGACUUGAUCACCGGUGACCGUCUGAUUGAUGACAACAUCCACAACAACAUCAUCGAGUGGUUGUCAGAGCUCUACAAGGGCAGCCGCGGUUUCGAGUUGGGAACCUUCGACAAGAACCUUCUCUCCAGAACAAUGAAGGCUCAAUCAGGAAAUUGGGAGCCUCUCGCUCACGGCUACAUCCUAGAUGUCGUUCAUCUGGCACACCGCUUCGUCACAACUCUGCUGAGACAUGUCUGCCCUACUCCCCGAGUCAGAGAAGGCAUCAUCNCCGUCCUUAUGGAGCCUCUUCUCGAUAUCUACCGUCGUGCCCUCGAGCAAGUCCAGUCCGUCCUGCGCGUCGAGCACAGCAAUCCUCAGACCAUCAACCACUACUUCAACGACCACCUGGAGAAGUCUCGUCAAAAGCGUCUCCGCGCGUCCCUCGAGAAGCAUGCCACCGUUCAAGCUUCGCCCUUUGGCGGUGUCCCUCGUAGCACGAUUGCACUCGACGAUAUCGUUCAGAACCACCCCAUGUCGAACGCUCAGCACACCGUCCUCGAGGUCCAUGACAUCCUCAAGGCCUACUGCAAAGUCGCCAGAAAGAGAUUCGUCGACAAUGUUUGCAUGCAGGCUGCAGACUACCUGCUGGUCACCGGACCCAACAACCCUCUGAAGAUUCUCUCUCCCCAGUUCGUGAGCUCCUUGUCUGACGAGCAGCUCGAGGAGAUUGCUGGUGAGGAUAUCGGCCUCAGAAGAAGACGUACUGCUCUCGCCAAGGAGGUCAAGGAUAUGGAGGUCGGAAAGAAGAUUCUUGCAGGUGUCGCCUGA